CUCUCUCACCAAACCCUAGGAGCUCUCUCUGAGCUACAACCAUGACGAUGAAGCACCUCCUCACUGCGCUGGCUCGCCGCCGGUCGCCGGCGAUGAAGCAGGCCGUCCGAUCCAGCUCCACGGCCGUCGCAGGCCCCUCGCUCUCAACCCCGCUCCCCAGGCCGCCGCCGCCGACCGCCAUGGUCUACGAUCGCCUCGCCGAGGACGUCAAAUCGAAGCUCCAGAAGCUCGAGAACCCUGACCCGAGGUUCCUCAAGUACGGGUCGCCUCACCCGGCCGUGACGGAUCACUCGCACAUCCUCACCGCGCCGGAGACACGUGUCACGGUCCUCCCGAACGGUCUGAGAGUCGCGACGGAGUCGAACCUGGCCGCGAAGACCGCGACGGUCGGGGUGUGGAUCGACUCCGGGUCGAGAUUCGAGAACGACGAGAACAACGGCACGGCGCAUUUUCUGGAGCACAUGAUCUUCAAAGGGACGAAGAAGAGGACGGCGCUGGAUCUGGAGGUGGAGGUGGAGAACAUGGGAGGGCAUUUGAAUGCGUAUACGUCCAGGGAGCAGACGACGUACUACGCUAAGGUGCUGGACAAGGACGUGCCCCAGGCAUUGUCGAUUUUGGCUGAUAUCUUGCAGAACUCCAAUUUUGAUGGGAACCGGAUUCGGAGAGAGCGCGAUGUGAUUUUGAGGGAAAUGGAGGAGGUUGAGAAGCAACCUGAUGAAGUCGUUUUUGACCAUCUACAUGCAAGUGCAUUCCAGUACUCUCCUUUGGCCAGAACUAUUCUUGGGCCUGCUGCAAACAUUAAGACUAUUUCCAGAGAGCAUCUUCAGAAUUAUAUAAAAACACACUACACUGCUCCCAGAAUGGUGAUUGCUGGUUCAGGAGCUAUUAAGCAUGAAGAUCUUGUUGGGCAAGUUGAGGGUUUGUUUACAAACUUGUCAGCUGAUCCAACAACAGCUAGUCAAUUAGUUGCAAAAGAACCUUCAUUUUUCACCGGUUCUGAGGUCAGAAUUGUUGAUGAUGACUUGCCUUAUGCAAAUUUUGCUGUUGCAUUUGAGGGAGCAUCCUGGACAGACCCAGACUCUAUUGCUCUAAUGGUCAUGCAGGCAAUGUUGGGCUCAUGGAGUAAAGCUAUCAAUGGUGGAAAGCACAUGGGUUCUGAGUUGACACAGAGAGUUGCUAUUAAUGGCAUAGCAGAAAGCAUGAUGGCUUUCAACACCAACUACAAGGACACCGGCUUAUUCGGCGUUUUCGCUACUGCAGAGCCGGAUGGUUUGGAUGAUUUGGCCUAUGCAAUAAUGUAUGAGAUAACCAAGUUAGUUUAUCGAGUUUCUGAUGCUGAUGUUGUUCGUGCUUGCAAUCAGUUAAAAUCUUCUCUCCUCCUACACUUGGAUGGAACAAGUCCUGUAGCUGAAGAUAUUGGGCGCCAGCUACUCACAUAUGGUCGAAGAAUCCCGUUAGCUGAGUUGUUUGCUAGAAUUGAUGCUGUUGAUGCAAGCACUAUCAAGCGGGUUGCAAACCGGUUUAUUUAUGACAGGGAUGUUGCAAUUGUUGCCAUGGGUCCUAUUCAGAAAUUGCCCGACUACAACUGGUUCAGACGCAGAACAUACUGGAACAGAUACUAGAUGGUCUUUGGAUUAAUUAUUUUCAUCAUCAUUGACUUUCAUGAUCGAUUUGAUCUUGGAAUAUUAUGUUGCUUUUAUGCUACUGGUUAAUUUUCGCCUUCGGAGAGAGCUUUUGAGGCUUGUGUAUUUUUUGGUUCCCAUAAAUAUGUUAUAGGUUCUCUCUAUUUUGUAACAUGGCAUUUUCAAAAAUAAGCAUGCUACAAGUUUACAACUGUGAAUGUGAUUUGCUAUACGUUUGAACGUUCAAAUGGGCACAGGCAAUUUGUGU